AUGAACGAACCUGACGAACCACCUAUAGACCGUCUCGGUAUAAGGGAUCGAAUACACUCUUAUGUCACCAACGUCCUCCCUCAUGGCACCAACUCGCGUCAUGAUACUUCCAUUCUACCUAUAACCAACCAACAAUCCAAGAAUCAAGAUGGCCUACACCCGUCUGCUGGUCCAAUUGGACCUGGACCAGCUCAACAACAACACUCCCAGCAUGUCACCUACGAUACUUCCGCGACUGGAGCGACUCCCGUGGAUACCCACGAUGGAGAGAAGACAUCCGCCCUAGAUUCCGAUGCGCUCAAGCCUGGUUUCUUUAACAAGGCCUGGACCUCCGUCAAGCUCAUCAUACUAUCAAGCUGGGUCAACUGGUUCCUCCUCUUUGUCCCCGUGGGUAUCGCCUUGGGCGCAGUGCAACGUUCGACAGGAGAUGAUGGACCUAUUUCGCCUACCGUGGUGUUCUCACUCAACGCCGUUGCCAUUAUCCCCUUGGCAUGGAUGCUCGGAUACGCGACCGAAUGUGUCGCUGCGGAUAUGGGGGAUACCAUCGGUGCUCUGUUGAAUGUCACCUUUGGAAACGCCGUCGAACUCAUCAUCUUUAUUAUCGCCUUGGUGGCAGAUGAAAUCGCCAUCGUGCAGGCUUCUCUGCUCGGCUCGAUUCUGGCUAAUCUGCUGCUCAUUCUCGGCAUGUGUUUCCUUUUUGGAGGUCUACGCUUCCGCGAACAGCUGUACAAUUCGGCUGUUACGCAAAUGAGCGCAUGUCUAUUGAGUUUGAGUGUGAUCAGUCUACUUUUACCUACUGCUUUUCAUGCAUCUUUUAGCACUAUUGCCAAUGCAGAUGCCGCUGUCCUGAAGGUCAGCCGAGGUACAAGUGUGGUCCUUCUCUUGGUCUACAUCCUGUAUCUCCUUUUCCAAUUGAAAUCUCACUCAUACAUCUACGAAAGUACUCCUCAGCAUGUCAUUGACGAAGAGUCGCAUCCUGGUGUACUUGCAGAUAUACUUAAUUCGUCUUCAAGCUCCGAGUCAUCCAGUGAUGAUGACAGCGAUGCGAGCUCAGGAUCACACACGACUGUCAAGAGGAUCAGACGAGCUCUCCGCAAAAAGCGUAGACGCAAGUCUAGCUCUGCCUCCAAGGAUACCGCCUCGGUUCCAUCUUUGCCGUCAUUCGUGCGCACUGCAUCUUCCGGAUCUCAGGUAAUUGACGACGUUUCGACGCAUUCUCCUAAUGCCAAACGCAGUGGUCAUGAUGCAGUUACUACAGAGCAAGAACGUCCGCAGUUAAGUACAGAAUCUUCCGGUGAGGUGACGACACGCGACUUCACCGUCGAUCAAAAGAGUCGCCCAACGGAAGACAAAAAGCGAAAGAGCUCACGAUACAUUCGAUCCAAGGAUCAAAAGCGUCGGAACUCUGAAGAGGAUAUCAUUGAAGAAGGCACACCUGCUCCUCCUCUGGGAGGUGAAGCAGAUGGCGCUGCUCAGAAGCGACCAUUCAAUAUACGCAAUAUCUCAUACAAACCGGCCCUGCCACGUGUGCUGACGCCAAAUGUGUUCAGUUCAUCACAGGCACAACCUGGUCCUUCAGCAACUUCAGCGCCUGGAGUUGGCGGUAGCAAUCGUCUCCGUCGUACUAGUUCUUUGCCAGAUCGUCUAAACAAGACUUUACCGGGUCCAGCAGCAGUUGCUGUUGCUACAGCCAUCCCUUCCGCUCAGCCUCUCCCGCAUCUUGUCUCGAAAAAGAGGGUUGUUGAGGUCAAGGACGACCCUGAAGAGAAGCCAAAGCUGGACCGUCUUACGGCCAUUAUUCUUCUUCUUGUCACCACUGCUCUUGUUGCAGUCUGUGCUGAAUUCCUCGUGGACUCUAUUGACUAUUUGGUUAGCACCACUGGAGUCAGCCAGGCAUUCAUUGGUUUGAUCAUUCUUCCAAUUGUCGGUAACGCUGCCGAGCACGUCACUGCGGUUACAGUCGCCAGCAAGAAUAAAAUGGAUCUUGCUAUCGGUGUUGCUCUGGGUAGUAGCAUUCAAAUUGCGCUGUUCGUCACGCCGGUCAUUGUCCUCCUCGGCUGGAUUCUGGACACCGAGAUGUCGCUCUACUUCAGUUUGUUUGAGACGGUCUCUCUGUUUGCGUCUGCUUUCAUUGUCAACUAUCUCAUGCUGGACGGCCGCAGUAACUACCUGGAAGGUGCCUUGCUUAUUGCGGCGUAUGUUAUUAUCGCUGUAUCAGCAUACUUUUAUCCUUCGUGCGAUAAUACUAGCACGUUGAAUGGUGGAACAAUGACUGGUCAAUGUUAA